AGAGGCCGGCCUGUGGCGUCACGCCAGCCGGCGGCGUUUUCUGCGAUCCUCGGCUGCCCGCGCAGCGCUGCCGUAACAAUUGCAACACGAGCCGUCCCUCGCCGCAACAUGUGACGGCCAGUCGGCGAACGCGCGGGCAAGCGCUCAGUUUAUCGUGACACAUGACUGCCGUCGCGCGCGUGAGCAAAGGCCAUCUCUACUGCUACAGCGAGGAGAGACAGGUGUCCGUUCGACGCGACGUAACUAGUGCAGUGGCUCGCGCAGCAUUUCUGUAAAUCUUCGAGCCGCGUCAGGCGUAAAAAGUGGACCGUGCUAGUAGAAUCCCGAUAAAAACAUAUCAAGAACGGGAGAAACGCAUUAUAUCAAGUACGGUUUAACUAUGUCGGAAGGAGUAUCGUAAGAUCCACUAGUAUAUUUAUUCUUACGUAUUACAACUACUCCCGUGAUAGGACCGCAUCGCUCGUUGAAUAUUUUUGUUAGGUUUGCUGUGGCUUGAUCGGUAAAACAUCGGGUCACUCAAGUGCCAUUCCAUGUUUGGCUAAGCAACUAUCGUAAUCUACUAAUCUGAUUUAAGCGUUGCGGACUCUCAAUUUCCAUUUCAUUUCCACGAAACAUAAUUCUCGACUCUAUAAAAACAUUGAAAUUUUAGUCCUCAGUUGUCCGUAUAAAAAUACAGACAUCUGUUUCUUCAUCAUGUUUAAAUCGCGUGAAAAUUUUAAUGGCGUACAUAAUUGAAGUCUGUUGGGAAACGAUAUAUUCUGAGUGCUAGUUUUCAACGUGUCUGUCAACUGUUUCUGGUCGACUGUUCGAACUAGAGAACGUUAUCGAUUAUUUUGUUGAUUUGAUUCGGCUGAUGCUUUUAAUGAACAUCUCUGCAGAACGAGUGGCAGUUUCCCACGUCGCAGCCCAAUGGAAUCAUCUGUGACAGCUCGAUGAUAGAUUACACGACGUAGCAGCCUUAUCACAGUAGUCUGAGGGGCUGGUUCUUCGUUCUCUUGAUAACAGCGUAACAGCUAGUGUCGAACGUUUUUAUUACUGACCUCGGCGAGACACUCGCAAUGAUGUGCACGGCAUUUCUUCAGAAAUGGAAACUGCUCACUUUCUUCAUUCUGCUCACUGUUGCACACUCAUAUGUGGAGUGUUCCUACAGCGUCCGUGAUGAUGAAGGGUGCGAGGAGAGUUCGUGCAACAGGUCGCCGGCGUGCACCGUUAACCACUCUUCGCGGGGAGGCGUGACGCACAGGUGCUCCGCUGUCGAGGCGCCGGGCAGGCUUCCUCGUCCGGCCGCCUGGCUGCUUGUGGCGCUGCUGUCUGCGCUCGCUGGCGCCACUGCCUGCUGGCUCGCCAACCUAUUGGCGCCACCGCCUGGCUGCGGUCGCAAAACGUGCAGACAGCGCUCUCCACGAGAUCACCAGCUUCCAGCAGCUACGUCGGGAACUCGUAACAGGACAGGACAACAGGCGCAGACCGACAUGCCAGGCAACAGCCAACUUGGUGCCACGUAACUACCACCAUCUGCUCCUUGUCAACUACUUGGCAGUGGCGUCAAAUCAAUGAAUAUGCAGUGUUCUUCAAGGUGAUAUAUACUGGCUGCGUCCUGUAGGUUAUGGCUCUAUUUAAUGUCACAUAAUCAGAAGACUGCGUAAAAUAACUCAUCAUUAAAUUCUUUACAAUGACUGCCUGUCCUGUGGAUUAGCUGCAUGUGGAAAAAACACACAGAGGAGAUGAAGGAAAACUGGACACCUGACAUCGCGAUUCCUUGCAUACUAGAAAUACAAAUGUUCGUAGCAAAGUUUCAUUCUGUGAUAAUUACCGGUGAGAUAUAGAAGGCAAAGAAUGGCAACAUGUACAACACUGUAGUUACAUGUACAGCAGGUACUUUCAUUUCGUAUGGUAUACUCUAGGUACAGGUGUGGUAGACAAAGUGAUGCUAAGAAAUACACUAAAAUAUAUGGUUAUGUGACACUUGACUAUCGAAGGGCUCCAUCCUAGGAGAAUUAAGAAUUCAGUAGUGAACGAUAAAUAAAAAGAUGUGGACCAAAAAACGGCCUGUGAUUUUUUACUUUGGGAGAUCUAUUACAACUGGAGAAGGGGAAGGCGAUGUUGAUAGUGGUAUGGAAUGGGCAGAAGAUAAAAGUGCGUGGUGAAGAAAACAGCAAAUCUUCCAAAUUGCCACUCUUUGACCAGCAGUUGUUAUCAAAAUAUGCCGAGGACCCUAAAUUGCCACAGAUAUUUUUGUAUUGCUAGCGUGCAAGGAACCAUACUGUGAAGUGUGUGCGAAUUUGGUUUUGCCCGCGUAUGCUAUCAAACAACAGCUGUUAACACAGUUGUAUAAGUAAGAACGUAUUUAUUUAGCUUGUUCUUAAAAGAAUUACUUACACAAAUAAGAUUAAAAGAAAGAGUGAUUAUUUA